AGUGGGAGGGCUGCAGUGAAAGAGGCAAAUGAACGUCAUUCACAUAAUUAUUCCAAAAAAGGUCCGUAGUGGGCUCGUCUGCCAGGGGCCGUCAGUAUCACUCUAUUUAAGUGCGUAGACAGAAGAUUUGCAGAAGAGGCCCAGACUCAAAAUGGACAUCGCCAUCAAUCCCCCGUUCCGGCGCAUCUUAUUUCCUAUCUUCUUUCCCCGCCGGCAAUUUGGGGAGCAUAUUACUGAGGCCGACGUGAUCUCCUCAUUGUACUCCCAACGAUCUUCCUUUCUUCGCAGUCCAAGCUGGAUGGAAAGCGGAGUUUCUGAGGUGAAAAUGGAAAAGGACCAAUUCUCACUAAGUCUGGAUGUUAAACACUUUGCACCAGAGGAGCUAUCAGUGAAAAUCAUUGGAGAUUUCAUUGAAAUUCAUGCUAAACAUGAAGAUCGUCAGGACGGUCACGGUUUUGUCUCACGAGAGUUUUUGAGAAAAUACCGUGUCCCUGUUGGUGUGGAUCCAGCCUCCAUCACGUCCUCGCUGUCUUCUGAUGGUGUGCUGACAGUGACAGGCCCACUAAAGCUCUCAGACGGCCCAGAACGCACCAUCGCCAUCCCCGUAACUCGUGAUGACAAAACCACCGUCGCUGGCCCUCAGAAGUAAAGAUGCUAAACGUCAACUUUCAACCUUUUGUCUCUUGUCGUCACCUGUCUCAACAUGCUUAUGCUACAUUACAAGGAAAAUAAUCACAUUAACCUAAUGCUAGCCUACUGACGGCCAAAUGUUUGUGUUCUCUUAGAAAACAAUUAGGGUUGAAAUGGCGUCAAAACCACAGUCUUUACCCAAACGAAAUACAUUUUCUUUUACAAUAAAGUAUUGUCUGCUGCUGAUGCCACCAAACAAAGGAGCUUUUGUAGCUUAUAUCUUGCAGCCCGGACUGCAAGACAAAGUAUUUGUGAGUAGGAGUCUCUUUCCUUGGCAUUUUUGAAAAACAAAAUGGAUCACUGUAUCAAACUUCAACAGAAGAGAGAAACCUAUAUACAUUACUAUUGAAACAAGUGUAGAAAACUAUGGCUCAUUGAUCAUUUUGGGUUCAAAUAUGCCUUUGCCUGGAUUUGGGACCAGAAUACAAAGCUAAAGAGGUGUAAAUAGUUUCUUGAAAAAGUGAGUGUUUAACUGUUUUGACCUGAUUUGUUUGUGUUGAGGCAGUUUAUGAUUGCUUUUCUGUUGCUCAACAACAGUGGUGCACUGCUUGACACAGUGGCUACAACGUUAAAAAUAGGCAAAAUGUUACUUAAUGCAACUUAAAACAUAAUAAAUAAUAUGGUGACUUCACAUUACUGCCAAAUAAAUGUUUCUACAAAAAUAAUUAAAGCAAAUAUAAAUUAUAUUUAAAUGCUAUUUUUCAGAAGGAGAUAUAUUUUUGCAUGUGAAUAAGUGCCGAGAAUUUAUAUUGUUUACAAUCACUGAGACUAUUCGGUUUCUUGUUAAUGGCUGACUUAUUCAACAAUGAUCAAGCUGCUAAUACUAAUAAUAGUAUCAGUCUAUUUUUUUUUUUUUUUUUUACAGAAAACUAAUAUGAGCAAGCUCUGAAAAAAGGAAAAUUAUCCUUAUUUCCUCAUAUUUCUAUCACUCCUUAAUAAAGGAACUGUUUAAAAGGAUAGUUUGCUCAAAUAUGAACUUUUAUUCACUGUGUACUCGCCCUCAAGUGGCUUUAACAUAUUAUGGGUUUCUUUUAUUGAACACUAACUGGAAGUAAGCUGUAAACCUGAGAAGUGGUGACAGAAUUUUGGGUGAAAAACUCAAUUAUCCCCACUAGAGGGAAGAAGUGAGAAUGAGAAUUUCAAAGCAUGGCUGUGCGCUGAACAUUGCUUAUAUUCCUCAUUAAUCACAGAUUACACUGAAUUAACCUAUUGACUUCAUUAAAUAUUGUUUACUGUGGACUUUCAAAACCAGUGUGACAUCAAUUUUUUUUAAAGUGUGUGUGUGUGUGUAUACACUACCUGACAAAAGUAUUGUAGUUGAUCACAGUUGUUAGAGAAACAAAUAUAAACUUGACUUUUAGUUGAUUAUUUGGAAAAGUGGCAGAAGGUAGAUUUUUUUCUGAUGAAUCAUCUGUUCACUGCAUCUCAAUCAUCAAAAAUACUGUUUUAUUAAAGAUGAAUGAUGAAUCCAAAGAA